AUGAAGCACAUGGUUAUGCUGCGCUCUCUGCGCUCUCUGCGCCGUCUUCUAUGCUUUCCCUCCUCCAAACCGUGCGAAACAACUGAGCCCCCGACAGAUGGCACGGAGAAUGCACAAGAUGUCAUUCGUUUGAGACCUGCUGGCAGGGGCAUUCCUCCAGCACGCAUUGCCAGUCCAUCAGUCCAUCUCCGUCGGCCUCCCCCCUCAAGCUGCAUUAGCAGCACACCAACAAACUCAACAAGUGCAUCAGAUGGCGAAACGGGAACUACAGCAGUGUCAGUCGCCACUGGCAACACAUCCCUGCUCCCCGAGACGCCCGCCAAGUCCUCCACCUCGAACUUGGACAGGAUCACACCGUAUACUUCCAUCCUGCAGGCAGAUGGCAGUCUGCGGGCCCCACAGGUCACCUUCGAUGGAUACGGUGUCUACGGAGGCCGGUUCGCUCCUGAAUCAAUAAUGGGAUUUUUAUACGAACUGACAUCAUUCUUCGAGGCAACUGUCUCGGACCCUUCCUUCUGGGAAGAAUAUGCCACUUUCCAGCGUGACCAACCAACACCCCUUUACAAGGCUACGAACCUAACAGCCCUAGCCGGUGGCGCAACCAUCUGGCUAAAACGCGAGGACAAAAACGACUACGGCACCCACAAAGCGCGCAACAUCAUCGGUCAGCUCCUCCUCGCCAGACGUAUGGGUCGCUCAGAAAUUGUCACAGAAUGCGCCUCUGCCAAACACGGCAAGUUCGCCUCUGCCAUGUGUGCACGGUUGGGUCUGCAGUGUACCAUCACCAUGGGUGCCGACGAUGCCCAGGCUCAGGAAAAAGACGUGCUAGAGAUGAAGGCGCUCGGCGCUAAGGUGCUCACCUCCCGCACGCCGUCGGGAAUGGGCAGUCUGCGUGCUGCUAUCACAGAAGCCUUGCGGUAUUCGGUCUGCAACCAUGAGUCUGCAUACUACCUCAUGGGCAGUCCUGUGGGGCCCAGUCCCCUGCCGACCCUGGCGCGAACCUUCCAGGCUCUUCUAGGCGAGGAAGUGGCGGCCCAGAUGCAUACUGCGGCAGGUCGGCAGCCGGAUGCACUAGUUACCGCUGUUGGGAGCGGAAGCGGGGCAAUUGGGUUAUUCAGGCCUUUUUUGCAUGAUUCGUCGGUAAGGUUGGUUGGUGUUGAGGCGGCGGAGGCGGCUGCUUUGACGGAUGGGGGAAUCGGGGUGCUUCAGGGUGCUCGUACGCUAUUGCUUCAGAAUUUUGAUGGCCAGAUACUUGACUCACAGUCUAUCUCCCCGGACAUGAAUUUGUCGACGGUGGGCCCUGAAGUUGCUCAUUGGAAGGAUUCUGGACGGAUUGAAAUUGCAACGGCUACUGAUGCGGAUGCCCUGGAUGGAUUCGCAACCCUUCAGAACCACGAGGGGAUCUUGCCUGGUCUUGACUCGAGUCACGCGGUGGCCAAGACACUGGAUCUUGCUAAAGAGCUUGGUCCAGGCAAGAAUGUUGUUUUGUUGGUGACUGGGUGUGAUGAUAUCCCGGCAGCGUGUGAACUGGAGGGUUGA